AUGGCACUGGGGCUGGCACCCAGAUGGCAUCGGAACCCUCAUCCAGAUGCCAUUGAUUGGGCACCUAACUCCAUGCCCUCUGCCCAGGGCAUGCUGUGGAAGAGGCUCCGGGAGCGGAGAGGUCGCAGUGCCCCCAGAGCGGUGCCCGCGGCGGUGCCAGGGCCCAACGCCGACAGGGUGCCAGCUGGCAGUGGGUCCGGGGAGUCCCUGGUGCCAGCUGCCAGGGUGACCCAGCUGGACCUGGGUGGGCACUGUGGCAUCGUCCGACCUGUGCAUGGCAGCAUCGUGGGGGAGAGGUUCUGCUUCCAGAUCAUCACGGGGGAGGGCAGCAGCACCUUUGGGUGCAGCUCCCUGGCAGAGCGAGACCAAUGGAUCGAGAGCCUGCGGCGCAGUGCCCGCCCCAGCCAGGACACCUGCGAGCGCCUGGAGCUGGCCCUGACCCUGUGGCUCUACGAGGGCCGAGAGCUGCCCCCUGGGCACCUCCUCCGCUGCCAGCUGCACCUCGACAGCCUCCUCCUCGCCCGCACCACUGCCAAGCUGCCAGGGCCCAACGGGGACCUCUUCUGGGGGGAGCUCUUCCAGCUGCCCUCUCUGCCCCCCAGCCAAGCCCUCACCUUGUCCCUGUGCCGCGAGGACCUCCCUGAGCAGCCCCCUCUGGCCUCUGUCACCAUCCCCUUGAGCGAGUUGGCUGGCACCAAGCAGCCCCUGGAGGGUUGGUACCCGCUGAGCAGUGGUGCCAGCGGCGAGCGGGCACCGGCGCUGAGGCUGCGUGGGCGCUAUAGGGAGGUGAAAGUGUUGCCCAUUGUCAAGUACAAGGAGCUGGCAGAGUUCAUCACCUUCCACUACCGGGAGCUGUGUGCCAGGCUGGAGCCCACCAUCGCCGCGCGGCACAAGGAGGAGCUGGCAGCGGCGUUGGUGCGGGUCCUGCAGAGCACUGGCAAGGCCAAGGCAUUCCUGAUCGACCUGGGCGUGGCCGAGCUGGAGCGCUGCCACGCCCACCAGGCCCUGCUCUUCCGCGAGAACACUUUGGCUGCCAAAGCCAUCGAGGAGUACAUGAAGCUGGUGGGGGCCAAGUACCUGCAGGACACCCUGGGUGAGGCUGUGGCUCAGCUGUGCCAGUCGGAGGGCAGCUGCGAGGUGGACCCCAGCAGAUGCCCAAACCUCGACCUCUUGGGCAACCAAAGCAACCUGAGGCAGCUCUGCCAGGACACCUUCCGGCGCAUUGCCACCUCCUGCGGCAGCUUCCCCUCGGAGCUGGGCGAGGUCUUCUCAGCCUGGCAUGAGGAGUGCUUGGCACGGGGCAUGGCACCCAUGGGGCAGCGCCUGGUCUCUGCCUCCCUCUUCCUGAGGUUCCUGUGCCCUGCCAUCAUGUCCCCCAGCCUCUUCAGCCUGGCACAGCAGUACCCCAGCGAGGGCACUGCCCGCACCCUCACCCUGGUGGCAAAGGUCAUCCAGAACUUGGCCAACUUCACCACGUUUGGCGAGAAGGAGGCCUACAUGAGCUUCAUGAACGACUUCCUGGCACACAACUGGGCACCCAUGGGGCACUUCCUGCAGGCCGUGGCCGACCCCGAGAGCGGUGCCCACCUGGGCACCUCCCAUGGCUACGUGGACCUGGCACUGGAGCUUGCCACUCUCCACCUCCUGCUCUGUGAUAUCUUCUCCGGCCUGGACCAGGGCACGCAGGAGGAGCUGGAGCCGCUGCCAACCAUCCUGAAGGCCAUCAAGGAGGGCACUCCUGUGCCAGUCUCUGUCAGGCUCAGCUCUGCCACGCAGCCAAGCCUUCGCCGUGCCCGCAGCCGGGAGGACAGCCCCGACCCACCCCAGCCACCUCCGUGCCCACCCCCGUGCCCACCUCCUCCGGUGCCCGCUGGGCACCGCUGCCACAUCAAACGUGCCCAGAGCGUCCCGGCGCAGCCCAAAGCCUCUCGGUGCCACCCGCGGGACCUGCCGGUGCCAACCGCCGAGGACGAGCUCAGCUCUAAGGGGCGAGGGAAGCUGCGGGCAUCGGCGUCGCUGCCUCGCAAGCCUGCGGUGCCCUGGCAGAGGCAGGGCGAGGAGGGGGCAGGGGCACAGAGGGCACCGGAGGGCAUCCUGGGCACCGCGGAGUGGGAGAAGGGUCGCUGGGUGGAUGCCCUGCGGCAGGAGGUGCAGCAGUGCCUGGCACAGGUGCAGCAGGUGGAUGCCAGGCUGUGCCAGCUGCAGGCUGAGCAGCUCCAGGGCCUGCAGCAGCAGCUGGAGGAGGCCAAUGCCAGGGCACACAACCUGGCUGCCAGGCUGACAGCAGCUGAGGGCAGCAGGAGGAAGGACCUGGAGAGGCUGAAGAGCAGCGAGGAGAGGACUCGAGAGCUGGAGUCUCGGCUGGCAGCGUUGGAAGAGGAGCAGGAGCAGCUGCGUGAUGCCAUCUGCCGUGCCCGGGGCCAGCGAGGCUGGCAGUGCCCUGGGGUGGCACCCAGGGGGUGGGCAGAGGGUGGGGAUGAGGCUCAAGCCACCAGCGUCUGA